AUGCUACACAACACGAUCGGCUCGACACUGUACCUCCCGUUUCUGGCGAACGCGUCGUCUACGUCCGUCGGGAGCACAAAUAGCAGCUCAUAUACGCCCACGCCCUCCCAAGGCAGCCAGCAUGGACAUUCGCGCCAGAUGACCGGCGGUGGACUCAGACGGCCACAAAGCCAGAUGUCGCUCGGGAUGGGCACGAGUGGACGGUCGGCGCCGACGGUAACGCACAUCGCGCGGGUGCUCACGACGUCGUCGACAUCCAUCAACCGGCCGAAGGUGCUGCCAUGCGAGACGCAGGUGCUCGCGGCGCUGCUAGUGCCGUUUAUGGGCCAGCACGGGAACGAACAGGUUGCGGUGGAGCAGCAGACGGCGGUGGAGACGUACGAGUACGCUACAAGGACAUGGAAGGCACCGACUAGCGAGGUGGAGCUCGGACGGUGUAUAUGGUGUUGUAAAGCAGCAUCCGUGUACUCACGAGCUCGGUUACGUAUCAUCGGCAACCUAUCGACCAUGCUAUUCGCCCGAGAACGGACCUUCGUAGCGGAGACCCCGCCAAUCCUGCAGACUCUGCUUCAGGAGCUGUUCUCAUUGCUGUCGAUACUUCGGACAUCAUUGGAGUCGGUGGCAGAGGCGGACACCGUUGCAGGCUUCAUCACGAACAUUCGGGACGGACAAGCUGGGACUCCUACUGUACGGGGGCUGGAAAGUGAGUACGGAGUUCGGCACUCCAAGAAGGACAGUGAUGAGCGCAUACGAGAUAUCAUCGUCGCGGAAAGCGUAAUUGGGUGCUUGGAAGUGGGUUCAGACGCGACCAGGAGAUGGACGCUCCAUCAUCUCAUAGAGAAAUACUGGUCCUCUUCAGACGAUUCAACUAUGCUAUCUCCACUCCUUACCACCAUGACUUUCCGCAAGCUUAAGACCUUCGUCAAUUCCACUGUCUCAUUGCUCCUCGCCGGUUCCUCGGACCCCAGUCGAACCAACGCGGAUGCCAGCCUCAUUAUCCACCUCCUCCGUACUCGUAUUCUCCCCGAGGUCGAAGCAAUGCGCGAUGACGCUUUUGCCGUUGUGAACGAGAUCCAAAGCAGCAUCAUUCGGCUCGUCCUCGAGCUCUUAUGUAUUCGCGGGAGCCGAGACCGGGACUGGGUGAUGCUGUACUUUUGCCACUGGCUACAGGAAGGUGGGAAGUGGCGAAGUAGCGUGGAGACAUCAAUGCAAGGCUUUAUUACGAACGGCGAGUGGGCCAUCAUCCUUCGGCUCUUACCCGUCCUCGAAGAGCUACCGGAGGACAUCCGCGUCUCGCUAAUUCCUCCAUUACUGCCAGCCAUAAGCGACCGCCUGAUCAACGAUCCUCCCUUGUAUCCCUGCGCUCCACUCUCUGACUUCCUCGAAUCCGCCGCGAUCAGUUGUCCCAAAGCUUUCUUCAAGCCUGUCUUCACUUGUGCUGCAUCAGCGAAGGAGCUCACUAUUGCGAACCAGCUGUGUACUCUUUACGCCCUCGCUCGUUUCUAUCCUGCGCUAUGGACCCACAGUGCGGACAUGAUGUCUGUUGCUCUAAUGACAGAUCCUACGACCAAGCCUGUCAAACAAGGCUCAGUACCAGUCGUAGAGAAGGGAACGACGCGAUACGGGCAGCUGGCACUCCUGGUGGAGCUGGUCCUGCACAUGAAGAGAGUGCGACUGUCGAAAGAUGCUGGUCUGGUCAAUAGCGCGGCCAAGUUCGCAAUGUCUUUAGAGGCCAAGUUGGGUAUGCUUCUUGAAGCCAAGGAGCAACACACCCUUAUCCCCGGCUCUCAGCGCUUGCUUUUCUGUGCGUUGUUCAAGGAAUGUCGGCUGUUGACGCGUUCGCUUAAAGCUGCGAUGUGGCUGGCAAGUGUUGUGAACUGGACAUCAUCGGCGUUGUUCGACGCGGACACCGACCCUGAGGAAGGCUUGAAUGAGGACGAAGCCGUCAGUACGCUUGUCAGGGUCGAGUUGUUCUACGAGCAGGCGAAGGCCGGGUUGGGUGGUGCCGGCAAGCGCAGGACAACUUUCGUUCAGGCGUCGAAGGAUCCUCAAUUGCCGGACCAGAAAGGUCUUUCCGCCGACCUAGGGCAAGACGGAUUCGAGGAUCGACUGACGCUCCUGCGUUCUCUCAUGACACGCAAGGUCAGCACGGCGCUCGAGCUGCUUGUUGCUGUUUCGGGAAUGCUUCAACCGCACGAUUACAUGUCUCUUGGGCCAAUCCUAUGGUAUCGCUAUCUAUACAGCAAUGCAUCUCAUGUGAUUGCUCCGACGUGCUUCCUCGUCAUGCAAUGUGCGGAGCGGAUACCGGAAGAGUUUUCGGCGUUGAUUAAACAAGACCUUUCCAGCCAAGACGUUGUUAUCCGUCGGAAAGCGGUGCUUCGGAUCGCGACAAUGACGAGUUGGCGGUAUCAGCUGCUCUCCCAAGACGUGAUACUCGAUAGGACAUACCGUCGACCUUUCAGGCUCACGCGUCCACCCGUUACGUUUGUCCCUACUGAUAUGGGGACGAAUGCUUUCGAGAUCGAAGAAGACCCGAACGACUUCAAGGACGCGAAGGGACAUGUCUUACCACUCGAACUCCGGAGGCGGCUGUCGGAGGUUGGAUGGGCUGAAGAACGCGGCGAGAUGGACCCGAAGACAGAAUGGAUCAAGACCCCGAUGUCGAGACUUCCGACAACACAGCUCAACACCCUUGGAGGGUCUACAGUAGCCGAGAUGAAGCCUUUGGAUUCGCCCAACCCCAGUCCUGAACCGUCUCCAAAGCUCUCAGCCCGUGACUCCCCUCUAACGAGGAAAGACUCCACCGCCGGAAGCCAUGUCAGGGCAAAAUGGCGCCCCGUUUUUGUGUCAACCAUGGUGGAGCUGUUCCCGAGGUUGACGGAGAUGGUCAAGGACACCGACUUCAUUGUGUCGAGCACCGCGAAGGCGCUUAUUGUCGAUCUCAUGCGCGACGACCCUCAGAUCCUUUCUCGCGCUGUUUUCAACAAGCUCUCUGGCCAAGAGUCAGACGUCAUGGCCGCCAUUACGACUCUUCGCAUCUUCCUCCACUGUGAAUCCGUUCUACCUCCUGGCACCGCCCAUCACAUUCUCAAUCAUGUAGUCGGAUACCUCAAGGGUGGUAUGAAGAAUGGUGACGCAAACCGCGCUUUGCAAGGCUACGGUUAUAGUAUCCCCACGGUCGCGAAGCUCGUCUCUCAAGUCAGCAAGAUGUCCAUGCGUGAUAUCCGUCGCGCGAAGGUCGACAUGCUUCUUGUCCCGUCUGGUUCAUUCUGGUGGCCAGAUCCUCCCCAGCCAGGUCCAAUGUUCCCCGGGUCGCUACAGAGCAACUACGACCCCUUCGCCACUCUACCAGCGCCGGUCGUGUGGGUAACAAUGGUUCGAACUGCGCAAAACAUGUUCCUCCUGAGCAUGCUCCGACGCAACACCCAAGACGUGAAAGUCUUCCGCAAGAACCUUCAGCCUCUCGCGUUGCCCGUCUCCUUCGACGACAUGCACAACCACUCUAUUCCCCUAACUGCCUACAUUCCUGCCCACGGCCCGCCCCAUGCUCCCCCCAAUCCUGCCCUCACUGCGCUUUCGUUGACCCUUGCUCGUAGUCAUCUGCUUCUGCUUCAUCAAGCUUUCCGUUCCAUGUCACGGCACCUCAACGACCGAGAGGAGCUGGCUCUGCUUCUGGAUGGAAUGAACAGGAUUGUACUCGCUCACGGAGAUGAUGUCGCCAUUGUAGCGCAGGCCAUUCUCAACUACCUUGUCGCAAGUACUCGCUUUAGGCGUCUAUUCACCUCUGGUGGAGGCUACAUCAUGUUCAUGCCCGCCGUCCUCAAAGUCUAUUGCGAAGCCCAUUCCCACCCGAGCAUUCGAGCCAUCAUCGAGUUCGCGGUGAACAGAUUCUAUGCCCUUCACCAGGAGUCCUUCAUCUUCCAAACAUGCGACAUCCUUUCGAACGUGGUUGCUCUUCCAGGGGUCGAUGGGCCAGAUCUCUGUCGGAACAUAUUCACUCUUCUGUCCACGCUCAAGAGCAACGCGCCAUUGAACCAUCCGGAGGUCGCAGGACUGAGUGCACUCACGAAGGUAGAAGAGCAAGAGGCUAUCAUGGUCACCAUUGCGGAGAAGGUACCUCAGGCAUUCCUCGCCUCUGUACAUCGGAGCGGCCAAGACAAGAACCAAGUCACCGUUGACGUUCCGGAUGAGUUCGACAGCAAACGCCUGGGGCUCGACGACCUCGUCAGGCUGUUCCUCACUGUCAUUGCGCACAACCCCACAAUCCUCCGGGCACAGCAGUUCUUGCGAUUCCUCAUGUUCAUGGCCCCUCACCUCUUCCAUGCAUCGGCUUCCGCGCGAUCUGUCCUCCGAGACGGUAUCAGCGCUCUUGGCGCUAUCCUCCUCAACAAGGGCACGACUGUCAAACCCAAGCCAAGCGAAUCGGCAUCGCAAGUGGAUGAGCUCAGUCCAAACGUCGUUUCCGCGACCGGCAUUGCUCAGGCGAAUUUAUCGCAAUCCUCGGUACCUUCUGACCUGUUGGUCAUGCGUUUAGACUUCCUAAAGCUCGUCGUCGGAUUCACGCAAGCUGGAGGAUCCCUAACCGCACUUUCGUCUCAACGAACCCUGGAAAUGGUCAAGGUUGUUCUCAAGGACUCGCGCCCGAGUCUUACCGAAGUCGCGAGUUUCCUCGCCGACUACGUUCGGGCGGUGCUCAUCCGGCCCACACACCCUGAGCUCAAGGAGGUCGUCACACUCCUCACAGACAUUGCUCCCAUCAUCUCCUCCUAUUCUACCGCCGUCGACUUCUCAGGUGUUUUCGACGUCGUUGCCCAGCUCUCCUUGGACACCGUCUUCGCCAACCAACCCGCCUUCGCCCGUAUCCUCGUCACUCAAUACUGUGCUGCGGGUUUGGACACCUGCGAGGUCGCCGGUUCUGAGAACCUGAUCUGGGAUCUGGCGCUUCGUGGCAGCCUCGUCAAUCUCCUCGACCGCGCUCUCAUGGCCGUCGGCGCGGAUGUUGUCGCAGAGCUCGAGAAGCGCGAACCAACGUACGAGUUCCUCUCCGGAGUUAUUCUUCCCUUCGUCUUGCGCAUGAAGGCGUCGGUCGACAUGGCCAACGACACUCAAUGGGGAGACAAGUAUCGCAGAGAUGUGUACUCAAGAGCGUGGAUGCGGCUCCUUGCCUACGUGCUCAACGUCAUUCAGCGAGCGGACUUCAUAAAACCCGAUUCAAAAACCAACCCAUCCGGUCUCGAUCGCCGCAAAUCCACUGACAGUCGGUCCUCUAUCACAACCGUGGAUGCGAAGCCGGCAAUGGGUCUGGUCGUUGCCAUGCAGAUUAUGAAGAUUAUCAUCACUCGCGCCGAGCAGGACCUAUCCAUGGCUCUUCCAGGUGUUUGGCUGCAGAUCGGCACCGCGCUCAAGGAUGCUCUGGCGGACGGAGAUGCGGGUUUUGCUGUCCCUGGAAGAGGUGGAUACUCUGAACCGCCCUCUCCCACUCAUUCUCCCAGAGCGAGCACCACCAACAUUGGAAGCGAUGACAACCCAUUCCUCACUCCCGCCGUCCACAGACCGGCUUCUCAUCGACAACGCCGUCCACGCAUCGUAGACUACAUGACCUGGUCCUUCAUCGAAUGGCUCUGUCUCCGGCGCAACCCGCUUACCAUUCAAAUGCGCGUCUUCACUCAAGAGAAGGUCGCCCUCCUCCACCAAGAACUCUCUUCGACCGGUGGCUUCCCUGGUAGCGGUUCCGCGAGCCCUAUGAUCCCAUCCCCUAUGGGUUUCCCUUCCCCUAUGGGCUUCCCCCCUUCACGCAGCCGCCCGGUGUCCAGCGUUUUCUCCAAGCCUCGCCGGAGCUUUCUAGGACCUAGCAUGGGCGCUGAGUCGCCUAGCGCGCUUGCAACCCCCCGCUCCUCUGCCCUCUUCGCGUCCGCCCAGUCCGCACCUCUGCCCUCCUUCGACGAAUUCGGCCUGCCGACCUCGACGCCCCGGCGCGACGACGGCCCCAGCCGCCUCGCCGGAUACGCCCUGCUCCCGAGCCCGCUCACGACCGCGACGCGCGUCGCGCGCGAGUCGGGCCCCAAGAUCGUCCACCUCGGGCCCGUGCGCCCGCUCUCGCCCUCCGGCGAGCAGUUCGGCUCGCUCGGCCGCCGCUCGUUCUCGCCCUCGGGCCGGCGUACGGGCUUUGGUGCGCCGCGCACCGCGCUCGCGCUCGCGCGCGCGACGGCGGUCGAGUCGCCCGUGCUCGUGCGCACGACGCUCCGGCGGAUCCGCGUCGCGCAGGCGAUGCUCGGCUACCCGUUCCUCGCCCUCGCCCCGCUCUCGUCCGUCGACUCGGGCGCGGGGAGCUUCGGGUCGGACGGGGCCGGGCUCGAGACGGAGGGGCUUGUGCGCGCGUGGAGCCGCGCGGAGGCACUCGAGGCGCUCGUGCAGGAGACGAAGGACCUGAUCGACGAGUGGCGGGAGGAGGACGGGAUGGACGUCGGAGAGGAGAGCGGUAUCCUGGUCGAUGUGGACGAGCCGCGGAGCCCGCGAGCGUAG